AUGGUGUUCAAAUCAUUCCGUUUUAGUACUAUUGUGAUUAUCUUUAUUUUAACAUAUAUCGUAUUAUCUCUUAUUUAUUAUCUUACAUAUUAUCAUUCUCAUUUUUACGAACGUUUUGAGAAGAAUGAAAUAGAAACAACUGACGAUUCGGAAUCUAAUGAACCCAUAAAAAAUAAUAAAUUUAAUGGAACUGAUUCGAGAAAUUAUCAAUUGUUAAAAAAAUUAAAUGUUAGUUUUGUUACAGACCCCAAUAAUUCAACGAACAUUAUUCAAUGUCCUCAAGUACCACCUGGUUUAGUUGGUCGUGUGGAAGCUGAUUUAUAUUCUUAUACAAUUGAAGAAAUAGAAAAAGAAUAUAGUAAUUUGGGUCAUGGUGGUCAUUGGUGGCCAAAACAUUGUACAUCAAAUCAUCGUGUUGCAAUCAUUGUACCAUAUCGAAAUCGAUUUGUACAAUUUAGAAUAUUUUUAUAUUUUAUGCACAGUUUUUUACAAAAACAAUUAUUAGAUUAUCAAAUAUUUCUAGUUGAACCACACAAAAGUAUAACAUUUAAUCGAGCAUUAUUAUUUAAUAUUGGAUUCACAGAAGCUCUCAAAGAUUACGGAUGGGAAUGUUUUAUAUUUCAUGAUGUUGAUUUAAUACCACAAGAUGAUCGAAAUUUUUAUUAUUGCCCGGUAGAGCCAAGACACAUGUCCGUUGCUGUGAAUACAAUGAAUUAUCAAUUGCCAUAUAGAACUAUCUUUGGCGGUGUCUCAGCGAUGACUCGUGAACAGUUUAGAUCUUUAAAUGGAUUUUCUAAUGUUUUUUUUGGUUGGGGCGGUGAAGACGAUAACAUGGCUUCUAGAAUAAUGCAGAAGUAUCGUAUAUCAAGAUAUCCAUUGAUCAUUGGACGAUAUAAAAUGCUUCGACAUUAUAAAGAUAAACCAAAUCAAAAUAGAAAAGUGUUUGAAUAUGGAACUUGGUUAUUUGUACCCGUUGUCAGUAAGUAUGAUUUAGUUAAUGAAAGUCGCGGAUUAUCUUUCUAG